AAGAUCCAUUUGAACAGAGGCGAUGGGCAGGAACCUACUUAGGUGGUGAUCAGGAGGAUGAGAACUGCCAGAAGCUAUCCAUUGCGCCAUGCAAAGUUAAGGAGCCUGAGGAAAGAAGAGAGAGAUUUGGAAAUCCAGAGGGAACAAAGACUGAUAUGCACAAGCAGCCCAGAAAAGGAAAAAGAAAAUUCUUAAUCUCUCAGGAUACAGAUUGCAAAUCAAAAGGAUACGGCUUAAUCCAGUCAGGAUCAAAAUGGUAUCAAGGCAUGGACCCUGGAAGAUAUUUCAGCAAUUGUGGAACACUUUCUGAUCAAAGCAGCAGCAAAGAGGAGAAACCGUGUAAAUGUAUAGUAUGUGAGAAGAGCUUCACUUUCAGUUCUUGCCUUGCUUUACAUGAAAGAACUCAUUCAGGAGAGAAACCAUAUAAAUGCCUGGAGUGUGGAAAGUGUUUCAGUCAGAAAGGGAACCUUAGGCUGCAUCAAAGAAAUCACAAAGGGGACAAACCGUUUAAAUGCAUGGAGUGUGGAAAGAGCUUCAGUCAGAAAGGGAACCUUAGGUUGCAUCAGAGAACUCACACAGGAGAGAAACCAUUUAAAUGCUUGGAGUGUGGGAGAAGCUUCAGUCAGAAUGGGAGCCUUAGGCUGCAUCAGAGAAUUCAUUCAGGGGAGAAACCAUAUAAAUGCAUGGAGUGUGGAAAGAGCUUCAGUAAGAAAGGGAACCUUAUGCAGCACCAGAGAUUUCACACAGGGGAGAAACCAUUUAAAUGCAUGGAGUGUGGGAAGAGAUUCACUCAGAAAGGGGACCUUAGAAUGCAUCAGAGAACUCAUACCGGGGAGAAACCAUUUAAAUGCAUGGAGUGUGGAAACUGUUUCAGUCAGAAAGGAAGCCUUAGGCUGCAUCAGAGAACUCACACAGGGGAGAAACCAUAUAAAUGCAUGGCAUGUGGAGAAAGCUUUAGUCGGAAAGGGCACCUAAGGGGACAUGAAAGCAUUCACACAGGAGAAAAACUUUAUAAAUGUAUGAAGUGUGGAAAGAGCUUCAAUUAUUGUUGGUCCCUUACUGCCCAUCAAAGAACUCAUACAGGGGAGAAACCAUUUAAAUGCAUAGUGUGUGGAAGAAGCUUCAGUCAGAAAGGGGAUCUUAAGAUGCAUCAGAGAACGCACACGGGGGAAAAACCGUAUAAAUGUAUGCUGUGUGGAAAGAGCUUCAGUCAGAAGGGGGUCCUCAGGUGGCAUCAAAGUAUCCACACAGGGGAAAAACCAUAUAAAUGUGUGGAAUGUGGAAGGAGAUUUAGUUGGAAAGGAUACCUCAGAUGGCAUCAGAAAACUCACACAGGGGAGAAACCGUAUAAAUGCAUGGAGUGUGGAAAGAAAUUCAAUCGGAAAGGGAAUCUUAGUUGUCAUCAAAAAACUCACACAGGAGAAAAGUCAUAUAAAUGUAUGGAGUGUGGAAAGAGCUUCUGUCAGAAAGGGGUUCUUAGGCGGCAUCAGAGGAUUCACACAGGGGAGAAACCCUAUAAAUGCAUAGAAUGUGGAAGGAGCUUCAGUCAAAAAGCACACCUAAGGGGACAUCAAAGCAGCCACACAGGGGAGAAGCCAUAUAAAUGCAUGGAGUGUGGGAAGAGUUUCAAUUAUUGCGGAUCACUCACUACACAUCAAAGAACGCACACAGGGGAAAAACCGUUUAAAUGUAUGGAGUGUGGAAAGAACUUCUGUCAGAAAGGUGUGCUUAGGCGACAUCAAAGCAUUCACACGGGGGACAAACCUUAUAAAUGUGUGGAGUGUGGAAAGAGCUUCAGGCAGAAGGGGGUCCUAAGCCGGCAUCAGAGAACUCAUACAGGAGAGAAACCCUAUAAAUGUGUGUUGGACAUGGCAUCUGGAGGAGCUCCGAAAGAUGGGCCACUACCUGGACCGUGGGACGCCCGAUCCAGAGAGGAAUCCCCGUUACAGGGAUGGUCAGGGGACGAAGAAACCCUUCUGUUACUGAGUCGGGAAGUAACUGAGGAACAAACAAUGGCAUCAGAGAUGCAGACUGGAUUGCCUCUUCUGGAUGUUGGGGUGGAAAAGAUAAGCUCACAGACUCCUCAGCUGGUGUCCUUUGAGGAGGUGGCUGUGUACUUCACGAAGGGAGAAUGGGAUCUCCUGGAUCCAGGACAAAGAGCUUUGUACAAGGAGGUCAUGUUGGAGAACUACAGGAAUGUGGUCCUGCUGGCCAUUCCCAAACCAGACCUCAUCUUCUCACUGGAAGAAGGAGAUGAUCCGUUUAUCCAAGACUCUGAGGAGCAAAAGAGAGUGGGAGGUUGCUUUGGUGAUGCAGAGGAUGAUGAUUAUUUCCACAAGCUGUCUUGUGUUGCAUGGGAAGACAAGGAACCAGAGGAACAAGGAGAUCAAAGGGGAGCAAAAAAACAAAUGCAAAACCAGUCAAGGAAAGAAAGGGAGAAAAUCUCCACCUCUCAAGUGGCAGAGAGUGAAUUGAAGAGACAUGGUACAAUCCAGUCAGGAUCACAACAAUAUCAAGUCAUGGGCUCUGGAAAACGUUUCAGUGACGGUGAAACAUUUUCCGAUAAAAGAAGACCCAAAGGGGAGAAGCCAUGUAAAUGUAUGUUAUGUGGCAAGAGUUUCAUUCUUUUUUCCAGACUUGCUUUACAUCAAAGAACUCACACAGGAGGGAAACCAUAUAAAUCCCUGGACUGCAGAAAGGGCUUUAGUAAGAAAUGGGUCCUUAGGCAACAUCAGAGGAGUCACAAAGGGGAGAAGUCAUAUAACUGCAUGGAGUGUGGGAAGCGCUUCAAUGAGAAAUGGGUUCUUAUGUGGCAUCAAAGUGUUCACACAGGACAGAAGCCGUAUAAAUGCAUGGAAUGUGAAAAAAGCUUUCGUAGCAAAGGUAACCUUAGGCAGCAUCAACGAACUCACACAGGGGAGAAACCAUAUCAAUGCAUGGAGUGUGAAAAAAGCUUUAGUAGCAAAGGCAACCUUAGGCAGCAUCAAAUAACCCACACAGGGGAAAAACUAUAUAAAUGUACAGAGUGUGGAAAGAGCUUCAGUCAGAAAGGGAAUCUUAGGCUGCAUCAAAGUACUCACACAGGGCAGAAGCCUUUUAAAUGUAUGGAUUGUGGAAAGAGCUUCAGUCACAAAAUGGGCCUGCAGCAGCAUCAAAGAACUCACACAGGGGAGAAACCUUUUACAUGCACAGAAUGUGGGAAAAGCUUCCGUCAGAAAGCACAUCUUAGGAUUCAUCAGAGGAAUCACACGGGAGAGAAACCAUAUAAAUGCAUGGAGUGUGGAAAAAGUUUCAGUCAGAAAGGAGUCCUUACUUUGCAUCAAAUUAUUCACACAGGUGAGACAUUGUAUAAGUGCAUAGAGUGUGGAAAGAGCUUCAGUCACUCAGGGGCCCUCAGGCAACAUCAAAGUGUUCACACAGGAGAGAAGCCAUAUAAAUGCAUGGAGUGUGAAAAAAGCUUUAGUAGCAAAGGAAACCUUUGGCAGCACCAAAGAAUUCACACAGGGGAGAAACCUUAUAAAUGUGUGGAGUGUGAGAAAAGCUUUAGUAGCAAAGGGAACCUUAGGAAACAUCAAUGUAUUCACACAGGCGAGAAACCAUAUAAAUGUACAGAAUGUGGAAAGAGCUUCAGUCAGAAUGGAACACUUAGGCUGCAUCAAAGUAUACAUACAGGGCAGAAGCCUUUUAAAUGUGUGGAUUGUGGAAAGAGCUUCAGUCACAAAAUGGGCCUUUCGCAGCAUCAAAGAACUCACACAGGGGAGAAACCCUAUACAUGCAUAGAGUGUGGAAAGAACUUCAGUCACAAACAGACCCUUAUGCAGCAUCAUAGGAUCCACACAGGGGAGAAACCAUUUAAAUGCCUGGAGUGUAAAAAAAGCUUCAGUAGGAAAGAUGACCUUAGUCGGCAUCAAAAAACACAUACAGGGGAGAAACCAUUUAAAUGUUUAGAAUGUGGUAAGAGCUUCAUUCAGAAAGGGAGUCUUAUACUGCAUCAAAGUACUCACACAGGGCAGAAGCCUUUUAAAUGCAUGAAUUGUGAUAAGAGCUUCCGUCACAAAAGGGCCCUCGAGCAGCAUCAAAGUGUUCACACAGGAAAGAAACCAUAUAAAUGCAUGGAGUGUGAAAAAAGCUUUAGUAGGAAUGGGGACCUUAGGCGGCAUCAAAAAACCCACACAGGGGAAAAGCCAUAUAAAUGCAUGGAGUGUGGGAAGAACUUCAGUCUGAGCUCUAUUCUUAUUAAGCAUCAAAGAACUCACACAAGGGAGAAUCUGUACAAAUGCAUGGAUUGUGGAAAAAGCUUCAGUGAUAGUGGUACCCUUACUGCCCAUCAAAGAACUCAUAUCAGUGAGAAGCCUUUUAAAUGCAUGGAUUUUGGAAAUGACUUUAGUCUCAAAAUGGACCAUCAAAGUGGUCACACCCAGGAGAAAUCAUAUACGUGCAUGGAGUGUGGAAAUAACUUCUGUCAGAAUUGGCAACUUAGGAUGCAUCACGGAUAUCAUACAGGGGAGAAACUGUAUCAUUGUGUGGAAUGUGAACAAAGCUUUAGUAGGAAAUGGGACCUUAGGAGGCAUCAAAGAACUCACACAGGGGAGAAACCGUAUAAAUGUAUGGAAUGUGGAAAGAGCUUUCAUCAGAAAUGGGAUCUUAGGCGACAUCGAAUUAUUCACACAGGGGAGAAGCCAUAUAAAUGUAUAGAAUGUGCCAAGAGCUUCAGUCAGAAAGGGACACUUAAGUUGCAUCAGAGUACUCACACUGGGCAAAAGCCUUUUAAAUGCAUGGAUUGUGGAAGGAGGUUUCAUCACAAAAGGGCCCUGGAGCAUCAUCAAAGUGUUCACACAGGGGAGAAACCAUAUAAAUGCAUGGAGUGUGAAAAAAGCUAUAGUAGAAAAGGGGACCUUAGGCGGCAUGAAAAAACUCACACAGAAAAAAGCUGUAUAAAUGCACAAAGUCUGGAAAGAACUGCAGUCUGAGGUCAACUCUUUUUACACAUCAAAGAACUCAGUUGUGGGAGAAACCACAUACUGUAAAUGUAUAAAAUGUGGAAAGAACUUCAGAGAGAAAGGGUCGCUUAAUACAGGGGUCUCCAACCCCGGUCUGUGGCUUUGCCAGGACUGGGCCGCGAAGACAAAUCUGUUCCCCCACAGACGCAGGCACAGCCCUCCCACACAAGGACGGCCCCUCCCAUGUAUGAAUGCCCCCCCACGAUGGAUGCACACACAGCCCCUCCCAUGUACUCAUAGAUGCACGCACGGUACCUCCCAUGCACAGAUGCACACAUAGCUUCUCCCAUGCACAGAUGGACCUCCCUCUGCACACUAAACCAUCCUGUGGAGGUGAAAAGGUUGUGGACCACUGCCUUAGUAUGAAGGUAUUCAUAAAUUUGAGAAGGCAUAGGAUUUGAUGAGAACUGUACUGAUAAAGUAUACCAGAGACGGACAUGAAUUGAGUCUCACUGUUUUGUAAAAAAA